AGCAAGUCCUCGCCAACGACGCAUGAGCCGGCCCGUAGCCGCCGCACGCCCCUACAAAGAGACGAUCGACAGCAAAUCGCCCGACGUCCGCCGCACCCGCGUUAAUGAGGCGAUCAGCCGCGGAAGAGAGAGGCGAGCGGCGGCGGCAGCGGCGGCAGAGGAGGAGGAGGGGCCGUCUGGGCUCUCGGCACUGCUUUGCUGCUGCCUGCCGGGUGGAACCGGCAACGCGCUGUUGAGCGAGGUUGCGAUGACCGCCAGCGCGAUGCGUGGCCCGCCGCCGCUCGAGCUGCUGCCUGGGUAUGCGAACGAGAGCGGAUCGGGGCGGGACCCGCCGACGUCUGGGUGGCUCGAGGUGGUCAACAAGUCGGAGCGAGACGGCGAGGUGAUUGCGGUGCUCGCGGGGGCGAACGUGGUCGAGUUGCUUCGCUGCAAGGUGGGGUCGCUGCUGCUGCUUGACGAGGCGCUCCGCAACGGCGUGAUGGAGGACCAGACGGUGGUCAGCGCGGAGAUCGGGCCUUCCGUCGACACUCUCGAGGUCGCGCUCUUCACCAAGCCGAGGCUGCCGACUGCAGACGCUGUCCGGUCGGGCGUUGUGCGAGACAACUUCGCGGAGGUCACGGCGUAUACCUGCCGCUGCGCCGGCCGCAACGUGCUUCUCAAGUACAAGCGAGGGGCGCUCGAGGUGCAGAGGGGGGGCGGGGGCGGGCUGGCGGCCUUCGGCGUGGGGAAGCGAAAGGCCGUCGGGUCGAACAUCGACAUGAAGACAAACGUCGAGUCGCUGGAGCAGGCGGCACUGCCAUGACAUCGGCGU